UUCGUUUGUGAAGUGGCCAAGCAAAAUGGAGAGCGCUAUCCGAUCAAUUCGCUUUAUUUGUUAAUUUGUGCGAUUAACCGUCAUUUCAGUGAGACGAGAGGAGAGGAUGCAUUAAACGUUCUCAACAAAGCCGGGGACAAGACAAUGUUACGUGUUUUGAAUGCGCAGUGCGGAAGUUGUCUAAGUGCAAAAACUUAAAUUUAUAUCAUGUUAUUAUAACAGGUUCGCGACGUUUCGUAAAGUUUUAGACGCGGAGACGAAGGUUGCAACGAAGUGUGGAAUCGCGAAGAAAUAA